CCCGUCUCCCGGUUACGGCAGAACCUCACCCGCGGUCUGCGAACGCCGGGCUGCUGCCGCCCUGGCUGCCGGGUCCGCGCCGUAGCUCUCUGGGCGUGAUCGUCCUCCACACGGUGGCCACGGCCAAGCAUUGUGGGCAGCCCCGUGGAAGCCAGUCGGCCCCCGCAAGUGGUGGUUGGCCAGGGAGCCAACGGUGGCCACGUCCCCGGCACACUCGCCUCCACCUGGGAGCAGGUGCCUGAGUUGCGUCCCUCCGCCCGCCUCUUCCUCCCAGGUGGAGAGAGCACUGGUCAGAGAGUCCUCCCGAGCCAGGCGUCGCCUGGUCGGGCCCAGAAAUGGCAUGCCCCACCUCGGCGGGGAGCACAGGAGACGGAGGGCCUCUCUGAGCUGUUGCCCAGACGGGAAGUGAGCGAGCUGCCGGAGGAUGUCCACCACCACCACCGUCGCCCCCGCGGGCAUCCCGGCGGCCCCGGGCCCUGUGAACCCGCCCCCCCCGGAGGUCUCCAACCCCAGCAAGCCCGGCCGCAAGACCAACCAGCUGCAGUACAUGCAGAACGUGGUGGUGAAGACGCUCUGGAAGCACCAGUUCGCCUGGCCCUUCUACCAGCCCGUGGAUGCCAUCAAGCUGAACCUGCCGGACUAUCACAAAAUAAUAAAAAACCCAAUGGAUAUGGGGACGAUUAAGAAGAGAUUAGAAAAUAAUUAUUAUUGGAGUGCGAGUGAGUGUAUGCAGGACUUCAACACCAUGUUUACAAAUUGUUACAUUUAUAACAAGCCCACAGAUGACAUAGUGCUAAUGGCCCAAGCCUUAGAGAAAAUUUUUCUACAGAAAGUGGCCCAGAUGCCCCAGGAAGAAGUUGAAUUAUUACCCCCUGCUCCUAAGGGCAAAGGCCGGAAACCGGCUGCAGGAACCCAGAGUGCAGGUACGCAGCAGGUAGCGGCCGUGUCCUCUGUCUCCCCGGCGACCCCCUUUCAGAAUGUGCCCCCCACCGUCUCCCAGACGCCCGUCAUUGCUGCCACCCCCGUUCCAACCAUCACUGCGAAUGUCACGGCGGUGCCCGUCCCCCCAGCAGCCGCCCCACCUCCACCCGCGACGCCCAUCGUCCCUGUGGUCCCUCCCACGCCUCCCGUCGUCAAGAAAAAGGGCGUGAAGCGGAAAGCAGACACCACCACCCCCACGACGUCCGCCAUCACCGCCAGCCGCAGCGAGUCGCCCCCGCCCCUGUCGGACCCCAAGCAGGCCAAGGUGGUGGCCCGGCGGGAGAGCGGGGGCCGCCCCAUCAAGCCGCCCAAGAAGGACCUGGAGGACAGCGAGGUGCCGCAGCACGCGGGCAAGAAGGGCAAGCUGUCGGAACACCUGCGGUACUGCGACAGCAUCCUCCGGGAGAUGCUGUCCAAGAAGCACGCUGCCUACGCCUGGCCCUUCUACAAGCCGGUGGACGCCGAGGCGCUGGAGCUGCACGACUACCACGACAUCAUCAAACACCCCAUGGACCUCAGCACCGUCAAAAGGAAGAUGGACAGCCGAGAGUACCCGGACGCACAGGGCUUCGCCGCCGACAUCCGGUUAAUGUUCUCCAACUGUUACAAAUACAACCCCCCGGACCACGAGGUGGUGGCCAUGGCCAGGAAGCUGCAGGACGUGUUUGAGAUGAGGUUCGCCAAGAUGCCGGACGAGCCGGUGGAGGCGCCCGCGCUGCCGGCCCCCGCGGCCCCCACGGUGAGCAAGGGCGCCGAGAGCAGCCGCAGCAGCGAGGAGAGCUCCUCGGACUCGGGCAGCUCGGACUCGGAGGAGGAGCGGGCCACCCGGCUGGCGGAGCUGCAGGAGCAGUUGAAGGCCGUGCACGAGCAGCUGGCCGCCCUGUCCCAGGCGCCGGUGAACAAACCAAAGAAGAAGAAGGAGAAGAAGGAGAAGGAGAAGAAGAAGAAAGACAAGGACAAGGACAAGGAGAAGCACAAGGCCAAGUCCGAGGAGGAGAAGAAGGCCAAGGUGGCCCCGCCGGCCAAGCAGGCCCAGCAGAAGAAGGCUCCCGCCAAGAAGGCCAGCAGCACGACCGCGGCCGGCAGACAGCUGAAGAAAGGCGGCCGGCAGGCAUCUGCCUCCUACGACUCGGAGGAGGAGGAGGAGGGCCUGCCCAUGAGCUACGACGAGAAGCGCCAGCUCAGCCUGGACAUCAACCGGCUGCCUGGGGAGAAGCUGGGCCGCGUGGUGCACAUCAUCCAGUCGCGUGAGCCCUCGCUCAGGGACUCCAACCCCGACGAGAUCGAGAUCGACUUCGAGACUCUGAAGCCCACCACGCUGCGGGAGUUGGAGAGAUACGUCAAGUCUUGUUUACAGAAAAAGCAGAGGAAGCCGUUCUCAGCCGGCGGGAAGAAGCAGGCGGCCAAGUCCAAGGAGGAGCUCGCGCAGGAGAAGAAGAAGGAGCUGGAAAAGCGCCUGCAGGACGUCAGCGGGCAGCUCAGCAGCAGCAAGAAGCCUGCGCGGAAAGAGAAAGGCGGCUCCGCGCCCUCGGGGGGCCCAUCCCGGCUCAGCAGCAGCAGCUCCUCGGAGUCGGGAAGCAGCAGCUCCAGCGGGUCCAGUUCCGACAGCAGCGACUCGGAGUAGACUCUGGACUUGGGCGGAACACACGGACGUCGCACACGCCGAAACUCUGCAGUGUCCCCUUCUGUGGUUAAUAUACUACUUUUGUUCCAUGGUGUGCAGGUUUUAUUUCUAACUCAGUGUUACGAUAUCUCCCAGUUCUGCUUUCGUAGGUCAGAGAUCUGUCCCGUGUGUGCAUUAGACUUUAUGAGAAGGUGUGAACUCUGCAUAAAGUCCCUUUGUCAUAGCCGGACCCGAUCGCCUGGAGACGACAGCUUCAGGCCUCAGCCCGGUGGCCGCGGAAAGCCGUGAGAGGGACGAUCGGAAGGGCCUUGCAGGAAUGCCUCUGUGCGUGCCCCGCCUGGGCAGUAGCUCCAGAAGGAACGUUGUCCCGGGAAGUUUCUCCACGAUGGGUCCUGUCUUUGAACGAGCUGUUACCUUUGCAGACAGGUGUUGUCUCUCUCACCUGGGCCUCAGGCUCCGGCCCUCGUGUGUGACGCGGCCGCCUCUUCCUGCAGGGGCCGGGGACAGCCGCUCCUGCUCCUGGGAACCAGGCUGGGCCCCGAGAAGGGUCGUCCCGGCCCCGCCCAGAGCGCGGAGGUGCGUGGGGGGAGGGAGGUUGCUUCCUCUGAGCCGGGUGACGCCAGGCGCUCCUGGGAGGGGACACGGCCGCUGCGUGUGCAGUGUGCAGGUUUCCAUACACUGAAGCUUUUACCUCAACUUAAAAAAAAAGAAGAAAAGAUUUAAAAAAAAAAAAAAAAAAAGAGACUUUUUUUGUAAGGUUCAGCGAUUUUCUAUGAGAGCCCGGCCCAGCGUGCGUCCCGGACUGGCUAGCGCUGCCCCUGCUGCUGCACACUCUGGAACCUUCCCCGGUUUUAUGUAUAUAUAAAUACUUUAUUUAUUAACAUCAUUGGUCAUCUUUUUAAAAAAAAAAAAAAAGAAAGAAAAAUAAAAUCACAGAAGAAAUGCAUUAAAAAAAAACGGCAGAGACGCAGGCCUUUGGCACGGUGUGAAGGAGACCCAGCUCUGUUGGACGGCGGACCCCUCCCCUCCAGGUGCUAGUUCCUGUUACCUGUGCGGUGCUCACGUCUGCGUGCACGCUCUCCUCCCGGUCUGUUGGGUUUUCUGGGGUUUGUUUUUUUUUGUUUUUUUUUUCUUCCUUUUCGUUUUGUAUGAGAUUUGGGAGACUUAACAGGCAUAGACGACUCUCAGCUACAGCAUAUUCUAAUUUUUUAUUUCGUUCGUUUUCGUUAUUUUGUAUCCACCACUUCUGGUCUCUUUAGGACUGUUUUAAAAGAAAUCAGCGUAGGGAACCCCAGUUAUAUAAUAUAAACUUUGUAAUCAGAGAAAAGAAUGUAUAGUAAAUUUAAGUCUUGAUUUUUAACUUUCUAUUGUAAAAAAAUAAUAAUAAUAAUAAUAUACAGAGUUUAACAGAAGGUUACGUUUUGGUUUUGUGUUUCCGGAGGCUGCCGUGUGUGGCCUUCGUGUGCAGGGAGCCCCCGGACUGCCCAGCCGAGCCCUGAGCCUCGCGGCUCGGCCAGGAGGGCAGGGCCGGCCGGGGCUGCCGGUGGGGGCCCUGCUCCCAGCCCCCAGGGGCCCGGCCCGGCUGCUCUCUGCAGGCGGAGGCGUGUGUGGCCCUAGGAGGUCCCCCUCCUGGAGGCUGCACCUCGCUCCCUGCUGGGGCCUGUCACAGUCAGCCCAGCGAUGAUGGCCGCCAGGCGUCCUCCCACCUCCCUGGAGGGGGCCCUGGAGGGGCUGCAGGGCGUGGAGCUGGCGGCGGUCAGCCGUGUGGUGGCCAGCGCUUUCUGCCAGCACUUCUGGAUGGAAGUAGGGACUAGUCAGUAACCUGACACGUGGCAGUUUUUAAAAAAUCGUAGAGUCGAUUCAGAUUGCACCAGCCCUUACAGGUGGACCCCUGGGUGGAUCCAGAGCUCUGAGGAGGGAACGGGUGGCAGAUUUCGCUUUCCUGAUUGCCGGCGAUUCUGGCACUUGGUGAGUUGUCAGCCAGUUUGUUAAACUUUUAAGUUUUGUUUAUAAUAAAAAUAUGAGUGGAUUUUAAAGCUCCCAUUUUUUAAAGUUACCCUUGUUUUUUCAAAGGUAUUUUCUAAGUAGGUCUUUAAUGGAAUAUUUAAACUAUGAAUUCAAGGAAACUGACACGCGACAACCGAUGGGUCUUCACGCAGGAACUGAUGGCUCGCACGCUGCAGUGCACGUCCGGGCGACGCGCGGACCCUAAGGUGGGGGUGUGGGGCGCUCCUGCCCACGCCCCUCCCGCUGCAGGGUAGCCAGGUGUCACCUGUGUGAGCCGCUAGGCAGGGGGGGAGGUGGCCGGCGCUGGCCUGGCCGCCCCCGGGGCCGCGCAGGGCAGGUGUAGCCCGUUGGUGCUGUAACUUUGUUAAGGCUUUCUGUCCAGACUUCAAGACUGAUUUCAGAGGUGUGGGGGAUCCAUGACUUCCUCCCACCCUGGACGCCGGGCCAGGGGUGACCGCCGUCCCCACGUCUUCCACGUUGGAAGACUCAGGUCGUCCGGGCGCGGAGAACCAUAGGGCAGCUUUCCAGGUGCUUCUCCCGGGGAAAGGAGCAGGGACAGGUCGUGUGCAGGCUGGUCGUGUGCAGGCUGGUCGUGUGCAGGAGCGGGGCCGAGGGGCAGCUUCAGGCGCUGACGGAACCCCAGAGACCCACGCUGGGCAGUGUCACCUGCUUACAGGCUGUAGGACACGUUUUCUUUUGUGUUUGUGUUUGUUUUUGUUCUUCGGCAGCAUUCACGGCUUUUACAGUCUUCUGGGGGGAAAACAACACCCACGUAAACAAUUCGUCACAUCCAGCUUAGCGCUGUCCCUUGACACUGGCGUAACGCUUCCAGGAAGUUUUUCUUUUUUAUAUUUAAAAUGUUACUUUUCUGUAUGAUGUGCAUGCAAGUUUACCGUAACUUUUCUUAAAACUUUUUAGUGCCGUUUCUAGUAUAUUCCUGUAAAUGUCAGUUACUGAAAAAUGAGUCCAAUGUAAGUAGUUUUAGCUUGUUUAUUGCAAUGCUGGCCUCAACACAACAGAAUAAAAAUGGUAGAAAGUA